UCUAAGUUUACAACCUCAACUCGAAUCAUGUCUGGACGUGGCAAAGGUGGUGGCAAGGUCAAGGGAAAGUCCAAGACUCGCUCGACUCGUGCUGGACUCCAGUUCCCCGUUGGACGUAUCCAUCGUCUAUUGCGCAAAGGCAAUUAUGCCGAACGAGUGGGUGCCGGUGCGCCUGUGUACUUAGCCGCCGUCAUGGAGUAUUUGGCCGCUGAGGUUCUCGAGUUGGCUGGCAACGCAGCUCGUGACAACAAGAAGACUAGAAUCAUCCCUCGUCAUCUUCAACUAGCAAUCCGCAACGACGAAGAAUUGAACAAGCUGCUCUCUGGAGUAACAAUCGCCCAAGGUGGUGUCUUGCCCAACAUCCAGGCCGUACUUUUGCCCAAGAAAACCGAGAAAAGCUCGUAGAUCUAAAUUUAUUAAUAACAAACAGUCCUUCUCAGGACUAAAAACGGAGCCAAACGUAAUUGAUUUACUUUUAUUAUAUUUUUACCGUUACAAAUUAUUGAUAUUAAUUAAUCGCCUACAAACGUAUCGCACUGUCAAAGGUUAAUCUACGUAUUAUUAGCACUUUUUUCAUCCAAGUAAUUUUUAAAGGCCAUUAAAAAUGCCUGCA